CGGAAGCGGCUCUGCGCAUGCGUGCGGAGGGGGCGGGAGUAGAGGAGAGCUGCAGCGCGCAGUAACUCAGCCAGCAUGGACCCGCAGAAACUUCGGGAUCUUAGCGCCUUUGUGCAGCUUUGCAAAGGGAAUCCGGCCGUGUUGCAUAUGCCCGAGUUGCGUUUCUUUCGGGAAUGGCUGGAAAGUAUGGGAGCAGUCAUCCCACCAGCAGCAGAACACCCGAAAUUUUCAGAGUCACCAAAGAAAGCAAACACAGAAGAGAAGGCACCGGCUCCAUCUCCAGAGCCAUCUUCUGAGAGCGAAGAGAGCGAACUGGAGAUUGAUAAGGAAGGUGUGAUUGAGCCAGAUGUUGAAGAACCCCAGGAAAUGGGAGAUGAAAGCAUUGAGGUUUCUGAGGAGCAAAUGGAUCAAGCCAAUGAGAAGAAAAUAGAAGCCAUUAAUGCAUUGAGUGAAGGGAACUUGGAAAAAGCCAUUGGCCACUUUACAGAGGCCAUUAAGUUGAACCCACGUCUAGCUGUUCUUUACGCGAAGCGAGCCAGUGUGUAUGUGAAAAUGCAGAAACCCAAUGCAGCCAUUCGGGACUGUGACAAAGCCAUCAGCAUCAAUCCUGACUCGGCACAGCCUUACAAAUGGAGGGGGAAGGCACACAGAUUGCUUGGUCACUGGGAGGAGGCAGCCCGAGAUCUGGCCACAGCCUGUAAACUAGAUUACGAUGAUGAUGCUAGCGCCAUGCUGAAGGAGGUGCAACCUCGGGCUCAAAAGAUUAUAGAACACAGAAGAAAAUACGAAAGGAAGCGUGAAGAGAAGGACAUUCGAGAGCGAAUAGAGCGGGCUAAAAAAGCAAAGGAAGAACAUGAAAAAGCACGUAAAGAGGAAGAGGCUCGCCGUCCAGGGGCAGCUGGAUUCGGUGGUUUCCCAGGAGGUGCUGGUGGUUUUCCAGGUGGAAUGCCUGGGAUGGCAGGAAUGCCUGGUCUGAAUGAUCUACUUGGUGAUCCAGAGGUGCUUGCAGCAAUGCAGGAUCCUGAGAUAAUGGCUGCAUUCCAAGAUGUGGCCCAGAACCCAGCUAACAUCUCGAAAUACCAGAACAACCCCAAGGUGAUGAACUUCGUGGAGAAACUAUCAUCUAAAUUUGGUGCCAAGCCAUAAAGAGCCAGAUCACGGAAUGUCUGAAAUAAAAUCUUAAUUAGAACUCCCUCCCUACCACCCAUGCACUGCUCUUGCAUCUAUAUACCUCCCAAAGUUCAGAGUAGCCUGCUUUAUUUUUGGGUCUUUUUCUUACUAGAUUUAAUUUGAUCUUUUGGAAUUUUUUUGACACAACAGUAAAAAAAAAUGUUGCUCAUGCAAAACCUCUCCUGCUGCUUAAUAUCUUUAGUGACCUGGGUCUGGUAACAGGUUUAUUACUUACACCGAGACUUGGAGUUCUAACCCUUUCACUAGCAAACUUUGGGGAUAUUUGAUGCCUCUAUUUUAGCAAAUCAGUUAAUGCUAAAAUAAACUGUUUAAAACUGUAGAGUGGAGAGUUAAUACAAACAUGGAUUGCCUUAGAAAGAAAAACACGGGAACAAAUUAACUGUAUGUGUGGAGUCCAGACAUUAAUGUGCUUCUAACCUACCUUUGGCAUAGUUAAGCACAGUUUGUAUUGUGGCAUGAGACUAUAGGCAGCAGAUGUAUUUCAGAUUUAAAACUUUGAUUAAUCCUCUGCUAGAUAACAUUAAAGAAGCCUUGUUCUCCUGCCUGCUGAGUUAGCUAAUCUCCAGGGGGAUUCAUUUGGAUGCUGUGGGUCAUCUUUGACUACAUAGGUGAGCAAUCCCUACUUCACUAUCCAGUGAUUUUACUGCAUGUUGUGGUUUUUGAAUAUGAAGAGAAGUUUGACAAACUUACACUCUGGCCAAGCAGCUUUCUGACCUAACUAUUUUUGUUAAAAGUGACAAACCGGGAGAUGUAUCAGUGGGCUGCAAGUACCCUUACAGCUGCAGCCAAGGAUAAAUGACUGACUGUCGACAUAAAUGCUAGUUUCAUGGUAAGGUACUAGAGGGGAAAGGAAUGAAGGUUGAGCACUUCCUAUGUGAAAUGUUUUGGGUAUUCAGUCAAAAGGACACUUUAUUGCCCUUGAUACCCACUACAUGACAGCCUAGUCAGUUGAUACAAACUAACACCUUGGUCUUUAUUAUCCACCAUACAACUUUGUGCACCCAGUUGUCAAGUAGUUACUGCUGAGGUUGCAACUAGGUUAAUUGGUUCAGUUGUAUUUCUACCCAGUAACAAUCAAUACAUUUUGAAAAGCAGAUUAAUGACUAUCUGACGAGAGCAAUAUUAAAUGUAAAUAUCAAGCAUGAGAACUCUACUUAUUCUGACCCUAAAAAUGUCUUUGUUUGCCUCCUUCAGAAGAUUAAAUUCUGGUGAAUUCAUGGUUGUGUCUGUAUUAAGCCAGUGUUAUUUAGACUGUUGUAGACUGAUUUCUUAUGAACAAGAUUUUUAUAUUUUUAUAGAACUCUAUACUAUUAACCAUCCUUGUUUAAUAGUGGGGAAGCAGAUGAAAAGAGCAAGUGGGCAAUUUUACACUCUUGUCGGAGAAAUUAAGUUCCCAGAGGUAUAAUUGUAGAAAUUUCUAUACUGAAGGGGCAGAAUCUGUAUGAUGUAUGUAGUUAUGCUGCCCUUUUCUCCCAUCUGCUAACUCUGAUGAACUGUGGAUACCCCUUCAGGGGGAUGGAGCUGUAAGUCUAUGAUCACUUGGGAGUUUUUUUUUAGUUCCGGAAGUAAAUGGAACUAGGGUGAAAUUGUUCCUCCUUCCCUCCCUCCCCCUCACCUUCUCUGAAUGUUAAUUGAUGGUAGCCAUGAUAUGAAGGUGCUGGUAUUGGACUGGGGUGGGCAAAGUCGUAAGUCACAUGACUCCAGGUUAUAGUUCAAGAGGUCUAUUUGAAAUCCUAAGCUUUCAGAGCACUGAUCCUUUGUCAGAUGAAGUCAGCAGCAGUGAUUUCAAGUAAAACUAUGGGACUAAAAACUGGUGUCGUGUGACUUAUGACAUAUUAAAUCGAGGCUGAAAGGGACCGGGAUCUCCCAGACUCAAACUUGAACAGACUGUCAUCCUUCCAUGUUUAAAAAGUAACAAAUAAAACAUCAAAUGUUCUCCUCCAAAAGAAUUUCUUAACAACACAAUAUAAUGAAAGUCUAUUUUAGAAAAAAAACCCUGCUAGUGCUUUAAUGAUGCUGGUUGUUUUCUUCACAUGUUCAAACAUACAGCAAUGAAGAAUGUCCUGUUAGCCUCAAUGCAGCUGGAGCAUAUGACACCCAUUAACAAAACUGGAGGAUUCCUUCAUGUACAGCCUCCCUAACAUAAGCAUUUUUCAAACCUGUCACUAAUUAUUAUUCUUUAUUCAUGGUUCAUGUUCAUUUAUUGCUGUUUCUGUCCAACCCCAGUGUACUCUCAUGUCCUUGUUCAUCCCUAUCCUUGAAUACCAUCUCAGCUCAGUGAGGUCUGUAGUCCUAUUGGUAUGAGCAUUGUAGCUCACCUCAUGGAAAGAUGGGCACCAGUUCUUGCUCAAGUCUAGUCUUCAAGGGUUGUGAAUCACACUCUGGUGCCAAGUGUUUCAAGGGUCACACAGGGCUGUUUACUCAAUAAGGUACUAUGAAUUGUAGAAGUACAUCAGUCAAUCCCCGUAUCAAUCUGCUCUGGGUCUUGUGGCAAGAUUAUAAAUUUCUUCUGAACCCACUUGGGAGAAUUUCACAAUGAGGCUUCUGCUGUUUGACUGCUGUAAACUUUCCACAACAGGAAAAGUCAAAACACCUGGGGCUACAAACCACCACAGCCUGUACCAUAACUCCCACUGGACUGUGAGCAACUGCUUGGAAGAAACACUCAACCACCCCACUGGCCUAGACUCAACCUGCUGAAUGGCUGCUUCCUGUACUUAGUUAUUAUAAGAUCAGCCAACCACAGUUGAUUAAAAGCAGCCAGUUGAUGAAAUAGUUACAAGUCUGCUCCACUAUUCUUAUAAAAUCAUAUCAAAUCAUUAA